AUGUGGGAGCCGCCUCCCUCAGAACGCUACGUCAUGAGACAUGCAAGGCCGCCCCGCCCUGCAAACCUGAAGAUUUACGAAGCCCACUUAGGCAUUGCAGGCACAGAGGAACGAAUACACACGUACCUAGACUUCAAAGAUAUUCUGCCUCGGAUCAAACGCUUGGGCUACAACGCCUUGCAGAUCAUGGCCGUCGCGGAGCAUGCGAACGCGAGUUCUUUUGGCUACCAGGUCACCAGCUUUUUCGCCCCAUCCAGCCGGUUUGGUACGCCAGAUGAGCUGAAGGAAUUGGUUGACACAGCUCACGCCUACGGCUUGACUGUGCUGAUGGACUUGGUCCAUUCACAUUGCUCUUCGAACCAGGUUGAUGGAAUUGCAGCUAUGGAUGGCACUGACCAUUGCUACACGCAUGGUGGUCACAAGGGCAAGCAGGACCAAUGGCAUGCUUCGCUCUUCGACUAUGGUAAAUACGAGGUGCUUCGAUUUCUGCUUUCCAAUAUCCGGUGGUGGAUUGAGGAGUAUGGAUUCGAUGGGUUCCGCUUCGGUGGUGUUACUAGCAUGCUGUACAUCUCGCACGGAAUCGGCAAGCACUUUGGUCAUGACUAUCAUCAGUAUUUUGGUAUGGAUGCAGACACCGAGUCUGGUACCUAUAUGAUGCUCGCAAACUAUUUGGUCAAGAGGCUGCUACCCAGAUCAGGCUUGACCAUUGCUGAGGAUUUCUCUUCCAUGCCAACCUUGUGCCGUGCAGUUGAUGAUGGUGGUUUUGGCUUUGACUACAAUCUCUCAGUCAACAUCCCGCCUAUGUGGGCAAAACUGCUGCAGGAGCAGCCCGAUGAAACUUGGAGUGUGAGCCGCGUUGUCAAGAAUUUGCAGAAGAGGCGCUUCAAGGAGCCUUGCAUCACCUUUGCCGAAAGCCAUGAUCAGGCGAAGGCAGGAGCCAGGACUCUUGCCUCCAACUUGAUGGAUGCUGAAAUGUAUGCUCACAUGAGCAUCGCGGGCCCCGAGAGCAUGGUCAUUGAACGUGGUCUCGCCUUGCACAAAAUGAUUCGAUUGGUCUGCAUGGGCCUGGGAGGAGAGGGCUACCUCAAUUUCAUGGGCAAUGAAUUUGCUCAUCCAGACUUUGUCGACCUCCCAUCUGAAGCAAAUGGCUGGAGUUUACAGAAUGCAAUUCGGCGUUUUGAUCUUCCGCAAGCUGAAGACUUGAAAUACAAGUUCUUCGAGGCCUUUGAUGAAGCAAUGCUCGCACUGGAGAAUCGCUUCAAGUUCAUGGCCUCACCGCGGUACUUCUGUUCCCGCAAGGACGACUCGGACAAAGUCGUGGUCUUCGAGCAUGGAGAUUGCCUUUUCGUCUUCAACUUCCAUCCAAAACGUUCCUACACGGAGUACCGUGUUGGACACUCAUGGAACGAGAACAUGCGGGUUGUGCUUGAUUCAGACGAACCUUGUUUCGGCGGUCAGGAUCGACUUGCCUCAGCUCAUGAGACAUCUUUUCCACCUUUGGAUGGAUGGGACUCGAGGUACCACUCUGCCGAAAUGUUUCUUCCGAGCAGGACUGUGCAGGUCCUUGUACGUGAAUCCCUUCUGGAGGGCGGAGUGACAGUGGCUUGGAGAAUUUUGCAGUGA